AAUGGGCCAGUCCACAGUCCAGGCAUGAAGUGAAUGUUCCCAUUUGGAUAUAAUUACACUACCAUAAUCGGUUUGAUUGUUGUAACAUUGGAGACUUCGUAUAAUUCAGUAUAGAAUAUAUGCGUGUGCAUCAGUAGUGAACCGCGAAGCUUGCUUACACAUAGUCACAUAUAACCUGUCUUUGUAUAUCUCUACAUAGAUAACACAAAAUGUCAGACGAGGAUGAACCCGUAAUUGUAGAGGUCGAGGAGGAAGAAGAACCAGAAGAGGAAGAAGAAGAAGAAGAAGAGGUUGAAGAAGAAGACCCCGAAGAUGUAAAGGAGGCGUUGGACGAGGAAUGUGGGGAAGCCGCAUGUGCCAAAUACAAAGCCAAGCUAGACUCGUGUACGGCGAGAGUGGAGGGCGAUGAUGAGACAAGCGAGACCUGCACUGAGGAGUUCAUUGAUUUCAUGCACUGCGUCGAUGCUUGUACGGCACCCAAGUUAUUCGCCCAGCUGAAGUAAACCUGUAGGACAUGUUACUAAUAUAGCUAGCUGUGCGCCUCCUAGACAGCUCUGCACCGUGUAUACUUAGCCAGGUUUACAUAGUACCGAUCUCCGCAAGCGAGAUAACAUCGGGGAAACGCCCUUCCACCUGAACACAGUAAACGAGCAAUCUUGCGA